UUUUAUGUAUUUUUCUUUAUUCACUCUGUGGUCAUUUCCAUUGUCUAUGGGAAUUUGUGAUUGUUUCAUGUCCGUAAAACAAUUUUUUCUAGUUUAUCUCAUAAAUUUAAGCUAAUGCAUUUAAUGUUUUGAGAGAUCCUAAUAAAUAAAAUCUACGUUCAAGUCGUUGAAAUACAAAAAAUGUCUGACACGAGUGACUUGGAUCGUCAAAUUGAGCAGCUGAAAAGAUGUGAAAUUAUAAUGGAGGCUGAGGUUAAAGCCCUUUGUGCAAAAGCUCGUGAGAUCCUCGUCGAGGAGAGCAAUGUACAACGGGUCGACUCACCCGUCACGGUGUGUGGAGAUAUCCACGGGCAAUUUUAUGAUCUGAAAGAGUUAUUCAAAGUGGGUGGCGAUGUACCUGAGACCAAUUACUUAUUCAUGGGUGACUUCGUAGACAGAGGGUUUUAUUCAGUUGAAACCUUCUUAUUAUUACUUGCUUUGAAGGUUAGGUAUCCAGACCGUAUUACAUUGAUCAGAGGUAACCAUGAAUCAAGACAGAUUACUCAAGUAUAUGGAUUUUAUGAUGAGUGCUUGAGAAAAUAUGGAUCUAUUACAGUUUGGAGGUAUUGUACUGAAAUAUUUGACUAUUUAUCCCUAUCGGCAAUAAUCGACGGGCGAAUAUUCUGUGUGCACGGAGGUCUCAGCCCUUCAAUACAGACUCUGGAUCAGAUAAGGACCAUUGACCGAAAACAAGAGGUACCACAUGACGGACCCAUGUGCGACUUGCUUUGGAGUGAUCCUGAAGACACGCAGGGCUGGGGCGUGUCGCCGCGCGGCGCCGGCUACCUGUUCGGCUCGGACGUGGUGGCGCAGUUCAACGUGUCCAACGACAUCGACAUGAUCUGCCGCGCGCACCAGCUCGUCAUGGAGGGCUACAAGUGGCACUUCAACGAGACCGUGCUCACCGUGUGGUCAGCGCCCAACUAUUGUUACAGAUGCGGCAACGUAGCAGCCAUAUUGGAACUGAACGAAAGUCUCCAACGUGAGUUCACAAUAUUCGAAGCGGCCCCACAGGAGUCGAGAGGCGUCCCCUCCAAAAAACCACAAGCCGACUACUUCUUAUAAUGUUACCUGUAAUAGACAAUUGCGAUUGACUAGUAAUACUGUUUUUUAAUGUAGUGACAAAACAAUUUUGAUGUGAAAAUGAUUUUGAUUGUGACGUAAAGACUGUGGUGUGUUAUAAUUUGUAUUGUAAGUUAUCGUUAAGAGCGUUUCUGUAAAAAAAAUGUGCGACAUACUUUUAGUGAUGCGAAAAGUAUUUUUUUUUUAUUACUGGAUUUACGCCUCAGGUUCUUGCCCUUUUGAUCGUAAUAAUCUGUAACAUAAACUAAAUUUUUUGUAAUUCUAAAUUGUUUUGAAAACUACAAUAUUUUUUGUAUGUUUUAAAAUGGAGGUGAUUAGUAUCAAUCUGAAUCCAGAAGUUGUGAUAUUUUAUAGUGAUGGAUCUGAUAAAGUUGUCUAUGAUUUGGCCUAGGUUCCAAAUUGGACCCCAAAAUUCCAAAGACAGUUUCUACACUGCUUGUUGUUGGAUUCAAUUAAAUUAAAAACUAUACUUGGUUUUUCUAGUAGACUUACUCUGCAUAGAUAAGCGUAAAUCCAGAACAUUGUCACCUAAUUAAAGCCUUUAAAACUACUUACCUAAAACCCAAUUCAUUAAUUCAAAUUGUUAAAUUGAUGUUGCGAAUAUAAUAUGUAUUCUACAUUGACCUCUUAUAAUAAAAGGACGCACAAUCAUGUAGAAAACUGGCCAAUUUUGCUUACUGUUUUAAAAUUAUUGGUAAAGAAAAUUAUACCUAAAGGUCUUUAAAUAUGGUCCAAUAUUCAAUAAAAUCCCAAAUUCAACCUUGAUGAUUGAGUUUAAGGUUGAAUUUGCAAAUGCUACUACUUGAAAUGAGUGCCAAGAAGUUGUGUUUGGCACUCAUUGAGUGCGGACGUUUUUUAGUCGCUGAUUGUGCAUCCACUUAGGAUUCCAAUAGGAGAUCGAUGGUAUUUUAUUUAUUAAUAUUAAAUGCUUAAACAUAAUGCUGGCCUAUCUGUGUAAAGUUAAUUUAAAUUACUGAAAAAAUUUCUUUCUUACCAUCACUUAUUAGUUCAUUCAACAGCUUUGACAAUUUUUCUCAAUAUAUGAUGAAAUCAUAUGAUAGAUGACGUGCGGUAUUUAGCUAAAUAAAUGUCAGUGGUAUUCAUUUGCAAAUGUUUACAGAUAUUUAUUAUUUAGUUGUGUCGUGAAUUUUUGAUAAGCAACUUUCAAAAGCGGGUCUUUUUUCAGUGCGGCGUCACGCCUUUCAGUGCAUAUAACUAAUCCAAUGCAAUCAAAGACCAAUCGGGCGCAAUUUUGUUGACGUUUUAAGAUUGUAAUUUAACGGUUUCACUUCCGAUAGAUUAUAAUAUACCGAAAAAUAACACGUUAAAUUGUAAUCAGUAUUAUCAGUUCACAAUAUAACGGCAGAUUAUAAUAUCACGAGUGAGAUUAUAAACUAACGUAUUUCUCAAACUAACGGUGACAGAUAAAUAAAAUCACUGAACCCUAACUAUUCAAAUGGCUGCACACCUGCUCAGUUUGUGAGUAGGUCGGUAGUUUUGCGUUUACUUACAUUUCACUACAUUGCUAAUUCAGUGGCGUGCACUUCAUGUAUGCAUUAACGCAAAUCAUACCCUGAGGACUUACUACGAACCUGUAGGUACUUGUAAGAAAUUUUCCAUUUAGUACAAUCGGUACGCGCAUAGAGCCUACCCUUGUUAAAAACCUUGUGCACCUUGUGGCCGGACUGGCUAGUUGUCUCGAAUUGAUCAUUUCACUUUUGGCGUGCUAGUAAUGUAUCUAGCUCUUAUCAUUGACUCCACCCGCUGAAGCUUGACGUGACUUCACAAAAAAAUGUCAAUUUUGUGAAAAUAUUAUAAAUAAUGGUCGCGACAUAUAAAUUGAUGUUGAGAUAAAUAUGUGUUUUGAAAUUGUUAUAAAAGAACACUGCCAUAAUGAUAAAAUCAUUGUACCUAAUUCAAUAGUUUUCACAUCUAUAAGGUCAUCUAAGUAUAUUUGCAAUGUUAAGCGUAAAAUAAAUUAAAAAUAGUAUAGUUCUCGCCUAACAAAUCGAGUCGUCUCUAAAGUUGAAACAAGGCAAUCUGCGCCCCGCUAAAAUAUGUUUUUGUACACAGCACAGCUAUACGCCUCGUUUUCAGAGAGACAAAUGUUUGUUAGACCUAUAUUUAAAUAAGUUAUUCCAUAUGUAUGAAAAGCCUUAACCGUAAACUCGUUGCUAAGAGUGUUAAGCUUGUGAAAGUCUAAAACGCACCAACAAAAUUGAUUCAUCAACAAUAAUAUAAAAGUAAAAGCUCAAGCUUGACAUUGUGAUUUAUUUGUCGAAAGUGAUGUGUUAUUAGGUAUGCAUUACUUAGAUAUGUUUUAGGGUCAUUAACAUAGGUGUAGCCAGGAUUUUUAUACAGGGAUGGCUAUAUUUAAAUUGAGUACCUAUCUCACAUCACUUUCUGUGUUUCUCAACGCCGCCUGCACUAAAGACGGGGCACUGGUUUCCCCUGCUUAAGUUUUCUGGUGUUGUCAGUAUUAGACCUCAGAUGACUGUCUGGUUUGCAAUAAGUGUCUAAAAGGACAGAUUCGUAAUCACUUACUAUUGACUACGCUAAAUCGGAGCCGGUUUUUAAUAGCCUGUAGAGGCAUGCAGUGAUGCCUGCUAAUCUUAACUUUGGAUGACCUCCAUAGGUCUCUCCAUAGGAUAGGCUCCAUAGGAUAGUUGGUGAUGGCUUGUUUUUAGGGACACAACCCUAAAUAAAAGUCUACAACAAACUCCUAAAGACUAGUACCAGACAUUUCAUUUAGCAUAGGCAGGCAAAAAGAUUUUUGUUUGUGCAAUUUCAAUACUAUUUUAUGAUAUAUUUUGAAAAUGUCUUUCUAUUCUAUCAAGUAUUAUUAUUGUCGAUCCUCAGAGAACCUAAUGAAAAGUCUUUCAAAUAAGACCUUCAUGGCAUUUCUUUACUGGUUUAGUUGCCGACAAAUUAAUCUCUUAAAUUAGUUACAACAUUUUGUGCUUUCCUGUAAAAUAAUCAUGCCUUUCGCUGUUUUCAAAUUAUUGUAUUACUACACCUAGCUAGUGAUUUAUUUAGAGUACAUGUAAAUCAAACUAUCUAUAUAAUUUAAAUGUGAAUCCAAGAGCUCAGGUGGAAUAAGAUUAAUUGAUUUGACAUGCGAAUAUCAUAUGCUGAACUAUAGUUGAUUUAUGUAGGUGACGUUUGAAGUCUUUCAUAUUUAAAAUACUGAAAUAACGCUUGCAGCUCUUGCUGGAGUAUGCGAAUAACUUGAGUGUUUAUGAAUUUAAAAUUAAAAUAUUUUAUAAGGAUGACAUUACUUUUACUAUUAAAUCUCUUUUACUAUAGAAGUAAUGAUAGCGUAAGGUACAUUGUUAAUAUACCAAAAAGCAGCGAGAUACAUUGGGUUAGGAUAGGUACAUUGUAGUUGAUCAAAAUCCGUAACUUUUAUUUAUUAUUUAAAUCGUAAUACAGAGGGUUCAACCCUUGAUCUGUUUCCGUUUCAGUUCUCUCCUACAUCUUUUUUUCUAAAUAUAAUUGACGAAAACUGAAUAAAUUUUGAUUUCAGUGAAUCAAUUUUGUAUUAGUAUUCCUAUUCUAAUAGGCCGUACAGACUACUUUAAUAUUUUAGUCGAGUCGAAUUUUUGUGCGGUAAAUCCAAAAAUUGAUCGUACUCGACUAAAAUACUAAAGUAGUCCGAACUAGGCCUAAGGGUCAACUUACUCGUAAAUUGACAAUUACUAUGUAAUAUGCACAUUUUGUGUGGAAUUAACUAAUGAGAUUAUUUUGCACAAUAAUAAGACUUUAUUAUGUGCAUCUAGUGUUGGUUGAUCCUCAGAUGUAACUUUGAAGAAUUCUUUUUAUUUGUUUCAAUUACGUAGACUGCAAAUUCAGUAGCACUAUUAAGAUUUAUUGAUUGACAAAGUAUUGUAUUCAUUAAUGUACAAGUUUCAAGUAAUUGUUUUAAGCAUUUGAAUUUCAAUAAAUUGUUAUCAUACAAUGUAUGUUUGCUAAAAGAUCCUAAAAACUUGUGUUAAAUGCUCAAUAGGUGCAUUACUAAGGAUUUCAAGAGAAUAAUCCUCUCGCAAUGACUUUCUUCUGAGAUUAACUGCACAAGCCUCUAUUAUUUGGUCUGAAACAUAGGCAAAAGUUGAAUAAAUUGGGGGCCAAUUAUUUUUUAUUUACUAGAAUAAAUUGUAGUGACACUAAUGAAUACAUGACUUUUAAAGAAAAACGUACUUUUAGCUAUAAAGGUACUGUAUAAUUUCUUAGUUAUAUAAUUUUGUACUUAUUUUCGUCUUAUUACAUACGAGUACAUGUCAUCAGUUUCCUUUCCCCUGUAAUACAAUAAGAAUCUACUAUUGAUUUUUCAGUACUAUUUGAUUUUAUAUUUGUAUAAAAUUUUAUGCAUAAAUGUAAAAUUAUUGGAAUACGAAUUUGCAGUUUUACUGGUUAGAUGUUACAAAUGCUUCAUAAUAUGUCAAUUUGUAUUCUUUUUUUAAAAUCAAUAAAAUUAAUAUACUAUACAACAA